AUGGAAAGUGGUAUCGCUGAAGAUUGUUGCGGAGGAAAGGCGUCAUAUGACACCCGAACUCAGGGUUGCUGCAAUGAUGAACAGGUCUUCGACUUGGGUCAGGAAUAUUUGGUCUUUGGAUUGCAAUGCUUGGCGCCGGUGGAACCACAAGAAGACAAGAUCCCGUGGAAUUGCACCAAGGAGUGGCCACCCAGCAACUACGCCAGCGUCUGGAAGCGCUAUUGCGCGACCAAGUCCGAAGACAGCCACAUGGCUUGGGCAAUGACCCCUUCAUGCCAGGUGGGUUGGCUUUCAGUCAAACAGACUUCCAAGAGUGCUGCAGAGCAGAAUGCUUUGGAGCAAUGUCAGUCAAGAGCAACUGCUUACAACCAGGAAACAUGUCACAUAUUUGACUUGGAUGGAAAGCUAUGUGCUCGGCAACGCUGCGGCUCCAAACUCCAUGACGCUACGAUGAUUGGGUGCUGCAACGGCCAAGUCUUUGACAGUCGAACACAAGAUUGCUGUUCGGGUCGAAUCUACAACACAGAAACCACUGGCUGCUGCAAAGGCCGCCUGUUUAAGAAGGAGCCCCGGAGGUGUUGUGGCGACAAAAUCCUGUUCAAUAGCAACACACAUGGAUGCUGUUUGGAGGAUGGGCCACAGAUUUUUCGUUUCGGGUCACAGAACUGCUGUGCGUCCCCAAAAGGAACGUGUCGAAUUCCUGCUGGAAUAACAACAUGCUGCAGGAAGGAAGGAAACUGGAGGCUUCCCUGAAGCACAGCAAGUCAGCUGUUUCACUGAAUCUGUAGAGGCAUGAUUCGGCCACCUCUAGCUACAAAUUUGUGGGACAAAAAAUUGUUCCAGGUUCACAUCCUUUGCUGUGUGACAAGACAUCACUUGUGACGAUGGCUGCACAGAAUCUGACAUAGUUGUUCGAAUGAUGCCUGCGCAGCUUUUUGCCAAGC